GUUGCAUUGGCCACUUAAAUAUUUGGACCAUAUGGUCACGUUACCAGUGGGCCAAGACGGCCACCAUGUGAAGUCAAAUAUUUUUUCACCCAGCAACAACUGCGCGGAUUCGAUAACCAUGGUUGUCGUCACAUUUCCGACCCAGUUUCUCCAGAAAUAUCUUCAGUUUUCGAGGAACAAUAUUUCUGCUACUAGAAAGACUUUCCCAGAUGACAUCCUAAUCAAGAUCCUUGACUUCACAUGGCGCGACAAGCACGAUCUCUGUUCAUUUUCCCUGGUCUGCGGAUCGUGGUUCACUGUGGCUCAUCCUUACAUGUACCGGCGCGUCACAAUUGAAUCCGACGAGGAUCUAAGCCAACUCGAGCAGCUUCUCGGUCAAAACACCGUACCGCUUCAGUCCUGGAUUCGCGAGCUAGUCCUCAUUGUUUCUCCUUCACGGGACGAAUGGAUAUUUAAUUCCGAAUUCUCAACCAAGCUCCCUGCUUUGCAUGAUAUUCAACUACAUACUACGUCUGGACAAAUGCUCCCCGAUCUUCGUGAAUGGGCGACGAAUGCUGGUCUUCCGCAUCUUCAGAACUUGCAUACUCUUAGGCUCAAUCAACUAGCACGUGGUGGAUUAACUGUCGCUGAGCUAUCCGACCUUGUCUGCCUCUUACCGCGGCUUCGCCACCUCAAAGUCAGUAUUCAAACUUUCCAUCAGGUCGAAGAAGGUGCAUAUAUUCCUCCAGAACCAACCUUCCUUUCGGACUUGGAGUCUGUCCAUAUAACACUCACUUGGCUGGUCAACGACGAUCAAGCGUCCGUUUGGCCACCCAUUGAGUUCCUCCAAUGGAUGGCAAGACCGUCGAAUCUGAAAAUUCCGAGACUACUCAAGCUUUCUGGCGAGAUGUUCUGCGAUCAUCCGUUCAUGGAUGCAGCAAAUAGCCUUAUCAUUGAUCCAGCUAGUGCCACUGUCGUUCUCAACAUCGGCUACACAAUGCAUGGGGCUCGGACGACUGAUAUCAUCGAUACCAAUGUUCGUGUGCAAUUGAGGAAUGAAGACGGACGCAGCGUCGCGUUCGUGCAAUGCUUCACACGCAACGAUCCAUUGGAUAUGUUGAUCUUGUUCAAACACCAUAGCAGAGUGGAAACCAUCUUUCUCACUGCAAUGUUUGAAGGAGAUUCAACUUGUUCGCUGUUGAUGGAUCUGGAUAGGUUUUUUGCAUCCGAUAGUAGGUUCCCUCGGCUGAAGAGGGUAUAUAUGUUCCCGGAACGCAGAGACAAGGGAACAUAUGCUAAAAUGGAGAAGACGAUGGUGAAGUGCAGUGCUAGAGGUCUUGUAGAUGAUGGGAUGAAGAUACAGUGCAAACCAGACGAAUUACAACCGGAUGCUGCUAAUCACGGCGGGCUAGGGUUGCAUAAGUACUACUAGAAAUAUCUCAAUCAAGCAUGGUUUGAAUGUAACUCCGUACUUCUCUCCUUGCUUUCACGCCCCGCAUCAUCAGGUAAUGGUCAGCAAAUAUCUGUGCAUGUUGUCUUUCGAAAUGCUCAUGCGCCUGUGGACGGAUAAUGACCUG